GCCUAGCAGUAUAGAUUCCCUCUAGAGCUCUCCCAAGGCACAGUUGGACGGCUCGGUGCUCUUUAUUCUCAUUGCAAACAAUAGGGGGUCUAGCUGUAGAACAAUAAUGAGUCGUUCAACUCCUUCUAUGGGUUCUGGUAGUAGAACAACAACUAGGAGGACAGUCGAAUUCGGAAGGACAUAUGUGGUGAAGCCAAAAGGGAAACAUCAGGCUACAAUUGUCUGGUUGCAUGGCCUUGGUGAUAAUGGCUCAAGCUGGUCCCAACUCUUGGAAACGCUUCCUCUUCCAAAUAUUAAGUGGAUAUGCCCAACAGCUCCUACUCGCCCGGUGGCUGUGCUUGGUGGAUUCCCUUGCACUGCAUGGUUUGACGUUGGAGAACUUUCAGAAGACAGUCCAGAUGAUUUCGAAGGUUUAGAUGUUUCAGUAGCACAUAUUGCAAAUUUGUUGUCGCCAGAGCCUUCUGAUAUUAAACUUGGUGUAGGGGGCUUCAGUAUGGGUGCUGCAACUGCCCUCUACUCCGCAACUUGUUUUGCUCAAGGAAAAUAUGCAAAUGGGAACCCUUACCCCAUUAACUUAAGGGUUAUUGUUGGUCUGAGCGGUUGGCUUCCUGGUUCAAGGAUCUUGAGAAACAAGAUUGAAUCAUCACAUGAGGCUACAAGGCGUGCUGCAUCUUUGCCCAUUUUGCUCUGUCAUGGAACAUGUGAUGAUGUAGUUCCUCAUAAAUUUGGGGAGAAGUCCACGCACUUCAUGGGCUUAGCUGGAUUUCGAUACCUUACAUUCAAAAGCUAUGAUGGGCUUGGUCAUUACACGGUCCCUAAAGAGAUGAAUGAAGUCUGUCAUUGGCUAAAUGGGAGGUUGGGGCUUGAAGGAUUUCGCUCAUAAAUCAUAAUCAAGGCAUGAAAGCAAGUAAGGGCGAAGAACGGGGAAAGAAAUAACAGAAAUUUAAAAAGAAAAGAAGAAAAAAAAGCAUAUAGAUAAUGAUUGUGGGAUGAAAGGUAUAUGGUAUAGGUAAAAUUAACCUUUCUAAUUCCCGUUUUGUCUGAUCGUCUGUAUUGUAAUAAGUUUUGGAUAUGUUCCUUUUCCAUUGGCUCGUAGGCAUCUAGAAAUGGUAUUUGUUUUGGCUGAAAUGAACGUUUUGUAUUUGCUUUUUUGAAUAAUCAAUAUAGAGGGCUGUGGCCUCCUUUA